GCGGGGAAAAGGAUCACAUGGAAGCGCAGUGAUCUCGAACGGGUUAUAGUUAAGGAGUGAGGCUUUUGUCUGAACAUGGCUAAAAUGUGGUGAUCAUUUAUAGCUAUCCUAGCCCAAACCCCAAAGGAAAAGGUGUGGAAAUCUACUUGUGUACUGAGAGGCGUGCUGCAGUGCUGACACCAUGAGCUGGAGCUUCCUUACUCGGCUGUUGGAGGAGAUCUCCAACCACUCCACUUUCGUGGGGAAGAUCUGGCUCACGCUGCUCAUCGUUUUCCGCAUCGUGCUGACAGUUGUGGGCGGCGAGAGUAUCUACUACGACGAGCAGAGCAAGUUUGUGUGCAACACGCAGCAGCCUGGGUGUGAGAACGUCUGCUACGACGCCUUCGCGCCCCUCUCGCACGUCCGCUUCUGGGUGUUCCAGAUCAUCAUGAUCACCACACCCACCAUCAUGUACCUGGGCUUCGCCAUGCACAAGAUCGCCCGCAUGCAGGAUGAGGAGUACCAGCCGCGCGGGGGCAAGCGCAUGCCCAUGGUGAACCGUGGCGCCAACCGCGACUACGAGGAGGCAGAGGACAACGGCGAGGAGGACCCCAUGAUCACGGAGGAGAUCGAGCCCGAGAAGGAGAAGGAGCAGGAGAAGCCCACGAAGAAGCACGACGGGCGCCGGCGCAUCAAGCGUGACGGCCUCUUGCGGGUGUAUGUGCUGCAGCUGGUGUCGCGCGUGGCCUUCGAGGUGGCCUUCCUCUUCGGCCAGUAUGUGCUGUACGGCCUGGAGGUGGCACCGUCAUACGUGUGCACGCGCAGCCCAUGCCCCCACACCGUGGACUGCUUCGUGUCGCGGCCCACGGAGAAGACCAUCUUCCUGCUGAUCAUGUACGCGGUGAGCGCGCUGUGUCUGCUCCUAACCGUGCUGGAGAUCCUGCACCUGGGCGUCAGCGGCGUGCGCGACGCCUUCCGCAGCCGCGCCCGGCGUCACCAUAUGGCCAUGACCUCCCCGCAGCCCCUGAUGUGCAGGCAGGUCCCCACGGCGCCGCCUGGUUACCAUACGGCCCUGAAGAAGGACGGCGGCAAGCUGGCCGUGGGCAUGAAGCCCGACUACAACCUGGGCGACUCGGGGCGCGAGUCGUUCGGAGACGAGACCUCCUCUCGCGAGCUGGAGCGUCUGCGCAGGCACCUGAAGCUGGCACAACAGCACCUGGACCUGGCCUACCAGAGCGAGGAGGGCAGCCCAUGCCGGAGCAGCAGCCCAGAGUCCAACGGAACGGCUGUCGAGCAGAACAGGCUCAACUUCGAGAAGCAGGAGAAGCAGGCAGCUGCUUGUGAGAAAGGAAUUCGAGCCUGAUUCCCGAAACUUAUCUGCCUCCUUUCUUGCCAAAGGAAUGUCCUGGGAAAAUGGACAUGUACUGUUUGUCUUUUUUUAUGUAGGAUUCCAUUUUGUAGCGCAACAUGACACUGUGUGUGUGUGUGUGGACACUGGUGGACUUUAAGAACAUGCUGUGCAGUAUUAUGUCAAGAUUGCGUGUCUGUGUCUGAACAUUUCAGCAGCCAAUCAUACUUGAGUCCAGUCUGCCUGACAUUCCAAAGUACCCAAGAGUAGGUGGAGCUUUUAGUUUUUAUGGGCGACUGAAAUAUUUUUUCAUCUGUGUGUGAGAUCAGAAAAGAUAGCAGAGUUUCUUCCACAUACUUAACCCACUUCAUAAGAAGUGCCAAGGAUUGCAUCUCAGAAAUGCCUUAAAUUUUUAACUGGAGUUUACAUAUUUCUGUCAUUCCAAAAAGAAACUAAUGAGCCAGUGAAAAACUGCAUUGGACUUUUUGGAUAUUCUCGGUACGUAUUUAGGAGAAGUAGGUUUUGUUAGUAGUGAAGCAUAAUUAGUAUUUAUGUGUAUCUGUGGGCUAGUGUCAACUAGUGACAGGCCUCCGGUAGAAAAUAGGACACCGUUACUUGGUUUUGCAGAGUUUGGGUGGGUAUGGUGCAUUCUUCCAGUAGCAUCGACCAAAUAUCUGUCAUAUUCUAAAGGAGGUUUUUGGUUAAGUUUGUCUCAAACUGUUCUGUCGUCAUAAAGAAAGGAGAAACUAAUUAGCCAUGUAUUGGGGACAGAUUAGGAAUCAGACACCCUGGUAAAAUCUAUGUUUACUUUAGAUCAAAACCAUCUUAAAACAGCACUAGGCUACAACAUUUGAUCGAAGACCACCCCUGUUUUGCAGUAGUUGUGUAUAAGCACCUAAGGGGCCCAAGUUCUACUGUUUUUGAAGGUCCAUUCCAUACUCGAUGUUGACCUGCAAUGUUGCACAAAAAACAGGCAUUGAGUUCUACAGUUGUAAAUUUUGGGAUGAGAAUUCUCUUCCCUUUACAGCAGUGUUUGUGUACCCUGUGUUCUCUCAGCGACUGCACCACGAGGCAAGCAACACAGUGCCGUGGGUGUUGACAUGACUUCGGUUCCUAGAUUGGCAAAUGCAUCUCUGUUCCUGGGGAGAUUUCUCUGGAUGAACUGGAAACUCGAGCAGAUGGAGUUGAAAUUUCACAAUGGCAGCACCGUGCUGAGCCAGCAGGGGGCGGCAUGCUUGCCAUGACUCAGCUCUGCUGCACUGGAAGAUCAAAGCCACCUUUUGGUGCCUUUUGUCUGAAUGAUCAAAACGAUGAAAACCUGGGAAAUGCUUGAAUACUUGUGAAUUUUAAUUGUUGAUCUACAAGGAAGCUUUUUCUUUCCAUCUUGUGUGAGAUGUAGAGUGUAUAUGGAGAUUUUGUUGAAAGUGUUGUUUUGAAGAGGACAAAGGCUUUCUCUGAAGAGAAAUGAUUUUUUUAAUGGAUAUUUUGUUUACUACUCUUUUUUGCUGACAUUCAUUUUUGAAACCAUCAUUAAUGUUGCUUCUCUAUGCAAGCAUAGCCAAGCUUUUCCAAAUGCACCAGUAUGCAAGUCUGCCAGUCUGAAUUCUUAAGCACAGUGAGGCUCAGAUCAUAAUGUGGGGAAAUGGGUACAACUUCCAGCUGUAACCCUAAUCAUAACAUGCUUUUGUUGGGAGCCUAGGUCAGUACAGCUAACCACUAAACAGUGAAGCAAUAGGAAAAAUCAAAACACUUAAAGACAUGGUUCACCUAACACAUCAGCUUGGUCAAAAAAAAAAAAAAACAAUCAUGUGAGGAGAGAAUGAUCUGACCACUGGUCCUGUCCCUAAAACUGCUUUAAGGCUGUUUCCAAUAUACACUAAUGGGUUGCUAAAUGUGCCCCCACGAGCUGCUGCUUUAGACACAGACCAAGUCUAAACCCUUGUGUGUUUGGGGCUCACUAGUGGCCAUAUAACUUCACUAGUGAGUUUAAGACUAGUCUGUGUCUAGAAACCCCAUCCAAAGUAAUGAUGGUCUUUGCUGCAAAAUAUUGCCUUUAGCUCCAAUGUUUUGGCAUUUAGUUCUAAGCAAAUACCUGCAGUCAUCUCUAUUUUUUUUGUUCGUUUUUAUGCUGUGUAUUGUAAGUUUUUUUUAUACAUUUUUGUACAAAUCUUAUUUUUGGGCAAGCUAAAUACAGAAUAAACUUUGAACUUUA